GACUUGACCUGCCCGCCGGGACGCUCGCCCUCGGAUCUCAGGCUCAAUUCCCCUUUGCUUGUUUUUCCCACUCCCCAACAAUGUCCGGUCCCCAGGCUAACCCCUUCCAGAAGGUCCAGCAGGACCUCGUCGUCGGCGAGAAGGCUUUCAAGUACUUCUCCAUCCCGGCCCUGAACGACAAGCGUGUCGAGCAGCUCCCUUUCUCCAUCCGUGUGCUGCUUGAGGCGGCCAUUCGUAACUGCGACGAGUUCGUCGUCAACUCCUCCGAUGUCGAGAACAUCCUUGACUGGGUCAACACCAGCGAGAAGGACAUCGAGAUCCCCUUCAAGCCCUCUCGUGUGGUCCUCCAGGAUUUCACUGGUGUCCCCGCUGUCGUGGACUUCGCCUCCAUGCGUGACGCCAUGACCCGCCUGGGUGGUGACCCGGAGAAGAUCAACCCCCUGGUCCCGGCUGACCUGGUCAUCGAUCACUCCGUCCAGGUCGACUUCUUCGGCACCGGCGACGCCUACCAGAAGAACAUGGACCUCGAGUUCGAGCGCAACAUCGAGCGCUUCCAGUUCCUCAAGUGGGGCGCUGAGGCCUUCAAGAACAUGUUCAUCGUUCCCCCCGGCUCCGGCAUUGUCCACCAGGUGAACCUGGAGUACCUCGCCCGCCAGGUCUUCCACGACUCCGAGACCGGCACCCUCUACCCGGACUCCGUCGUCGGUACCGACUCUCACACCACCAUGAUCAACGGCCUCGGCAUUGUUGGCUGGGGUGUCGGCGGUAUCGAGGCCGAGGCCGUCAUGCUUGGCCAGGCCAUCUCCAUGGUCCUGCCCAAGGUCAUCGGCUUCAAGCUGACCGGUACCCUGAGCGCCACCGCCACCGCCACCGAUCUGGUCCUGACCGUCACCCAGAUGCUCCGUGCCAAGGGUGUCGUCGGCAAGUUCGUCGAGUUCUUCGGCCCCGGCUGUGCUUCCCUGUCCAUCGCCGAUCGCGCCACCAUCUCCAACAUGGCCCCGGAGUACGGCGCCACCGUGGGCUUCUUCCCGGCCGACGGCAACACCAUCAGCUACCUGCGCCAGACCGGUCGCGAUGAGGAGCGCCUGGCUUACAUCGAGGCUUACCUCAGGGCCCAGAACCUCUUCCGUGACUAUGCCACUUCCGGCUCUGCCGAGGACUCGGUCGUCUUCACCGAUGUCCUCGAGCUGGACCUGGCCACCGUGGCCCCCUGCCUGUCUGGCCCCAAGCGCCCGCACGACCGCGUCCUGCUGAGCGCCAUGAAGCAGGACUUCGCCUCCUGCCUGACCAACAAGGUCGGCUUCAAGGGGUUCGGCAUUGCCGAGGAGAAGCUCGCCACUUCUGUCCCCUUCCAGUAUGAGGGCCAGUCUUACGACCUGACCCACGGGUCGGUGGUCAUCUCCGCCAUCACCUCCUGCACCAACACCUCCAACCCCGAUGUCCUGGUGGCGGCCGGUAUGCUGGCCCGCAAUGCCGUGGAGGCUGGCCUCUCGGUCAAGCCCUACAUCAAGACCUCCCUGUCUCCCGGGUCCGGUGUGGUCACCAAGUACCUGGAGCACUCCGGCCUGCAGACCUACCUGGACAAGCUCGGCUUCUCCGUUGCCGGGUACGGUUGCAUGACUUGCAUCGGUAACUCCGGUCCCCUGCCGGAGGCCGUGUCGGCCGCCAUCGAGGCUGGCGAUCUGGUCGCCGGUGCGGUGCUCUCCGGUAACCGCAACUUCGAGGGCCGUGUCAACCCCCACACCCGUGCCAACUACCUGGCCUCGCCGCCCCUGUGUGUGGCCUACGCCCUGGCUGGCAACCUGAACGUCGACUUCGAGACCGAGCCCAUCGGCACCGGCAAGGAUGGCCAGGCCGUUUUCCUGAAGGACAUCUGGCCCUCUCGCGAGCAGAUCCAGGCCGCCGUCAAGGAGCACUUCCUGCCCAGCAUGUUCAAGGAGGUCUAUGAUGGCAUCACCACCGCCAACGAGUCCUGGAACAAGCUCCAGCCCCCCACCGGUCGCCAGUACGCCUGGGACACCGAGUCCACUUACAUCAAGUGCGCUCCCUUCUUCGAUGGUGUCAAGGGUGCCGACACCGAGCCCAUCCAGCCCAUCAUCGGUGCCCGGUGCCUGCUGAAUGUCGGCGAUUCCAUCACCACCGAUCACAUUUCCCCGGCCGGGUCGAUUGCCAAGAACUCGGCCGCCGCGCGCUACCUGAUGGAGCGCGGUGUGGCCCCUCGUGACUUCAACUCCUACGGUGCUCGCCGUGGUCAUGAUGAGGUCAUGGCUCGUGGUACCUUCGCCAAUGUGCGCCUGGCCAACAAGCUGGCCCCGGCCGUCGGCCCCAAGACCACGCACUUCCCCUCGGGCGAGCUGCUCGAUGUCUUCGAUGCCGCUGCUCGCUAUGGCUCUGAGAAGGUGCCGCUUGUCAUCCUGGCCGGUGCCGAGUAUGGUUCCGGUUCUUCUCGUGACUGGGCCGCCAAGGGUCCCUUCCUGCAGGGUGUCCGCGCCGUUGUGGCCGUCACCUAUGAGCGCAUCCACCGCUCCAACCUGGUCGGCAUGGGUAUCAUCCCCCUGCAGUUCAAGGAGGGCGAUUCCGCUGAUGCCCUUGGCCUGACUGGCAAGGAGACCUUCGACAUUGCCCUGCCCGAUGACAUCCGCCCUGGCAUGGACAUCACUGUGGCUGCUGUGGCCGAUGACGGCCAGCGCACCGAGUUCCAGGCUGUCCUGCGCUUCGAUACCGAGGUUGAGAUUGUCUACUUCCGCAACGGCGGUAUCCUGCAGUACAUGCUCCGCAAGCUGCUGACCGGCAACUAGAUCAAGGAUGCUCUCGGGGCUGUUGGCACUUGUGCGCGUGCGUGAUGUGCACACAUGUAUGUGCACCAGUGUGCGAGGAGGCGGCGUGUGCGUGUGCAUGGUGCAGCACACGAUGUUGCCAGUGUCUCUUUUUGCUGCAUGCGCGCGCGCCCCCCCCCCCCCCC